UCCUUCCGCCACGGCGACGCCGAGGGACGCGCUUGGCCGCGGCGGCAGAGCUGAGGAGGCUGAGGUGGCCGCUCCCGCCAGACAGACCGGCCCUCUCGCCCGGCGGAGCCAGUCCGGCCGGCCCGCUGCCGGCCCGGGCCCGGCGGGAUGUUCAAGAACACGUUCCAGAGCGGCUUCCUGUCCGUCCUCUACAGCAUCGGGAGCAAGCCGCUGCAGAUCUGGGACAAGAAGGUGCGGAAUGGCCACAUCAAAAGAAUCACAGAUAACGAUAUUCAGUCACUGGUGCUGGAAAUUGAAGGAACCAAUGUCAGUACCACGUAUAUCACAUGCCCUGCUGACCCAAAGAAGACACUGGGAAUCAAGCUGCCUUUCCUGGUGAUGAUUAUCAAGAAUCUGAAGAAAUACUUUACCUUUGAAGUGCAGGUGCUGGAUGAUAAAAACGUGCGCCGGCGGUUCCGUGCCAGUAACUACCAGAGCACCACCCGGGUCAAGCCCUUCAUCUGCACCAUGCCGAUGCGCCUGGACGAUGGCUGGAACCAGAUCCAGUUCAACCUGUCUGACUUCACUCGGCGUGCCUACGGCACCAAUUACAUUGAGACCCUGAGGGUUCAGAUCCAUGCCAACUGUCGCAUCCGCAGAAUUUACUUCUCUGACAGACUUUACUCUGAGGAUGAACUUCCUGCCGAGUUCAAGCUUUACAUCCCCGUUCAGAACAAGGCCAAGCAAUGACAUCCCAUUGGGAGGCCUUCCGAGAGGUGCACUGUGAAGACGGGUGGAAGAGGUUUUUUUUUUAAUUAAACACAAAUAUAGAUGUUGAUUUACAUAGGAUGAUAUUAUUUAAUAAAGCUCGGUAUCUGUAACGCUGGGACUAGACACAACUGACCAUGUCGUUGCUCUGGGUGAGCGGCGGCUCCAGCAGGCCACUGCUGGUCAGCCCCAGGUGGCCCUCGAGAUGCCAAGCCUGAUCUGGAGUGCAGGUCGAAGGUUUUGCCGGAGUGUUCAGAGGUCCUGGGCCCUCACCGAUGCCGCUGGUUUUCCUUCUCGCUCUCCCUAUCUUGUUUUGAUGUAAACUCAGACAACUCUGACCCCUUUCUCAAAGCUGCUAUUAAAUAUUUGAUUAUCUUUGUA